UCCUGACCCCAGAGUCCAACACGGUGAGGACAUGAACCGGGACUCUCAGCAGAGGACUCUGUUCCAGACCUGGGCCUCUUCUGUCCGCCAGAACCAGAACCAGAACCAGAACCAGAACCAGGAUGUUCCAACCGAGACAAAGGUUAGAAAAGCGUCUGGACGCCAAAAAACCGCCUCAACGUGCAGUGCCGGGCCAGGCAGACCUCCGAACCCCCUGUGGACCGAGCUGGGUCAGGGACCCCCGGGGACAGCUGAGAACCGCCCCCCCGUGGACCCGGGCGAAGACAGCGAUGAUGACCUGAUGCUCGUGGCAGUCUAUGAGGCUGAGCGGGGUCUGCCAGCUGAUGGGGGCCCCGGCCCCGGCCCCGGCCCCGGCCCCGGCCCCGGCUCCGGCUCCAGCUCCGGUCCCGGUCCCGGUCCCGGCCCCGGCCCCCCAGCAAGCCAGUGCUACCCAGACUUCCCGGACCUGGACGCCUCCUCUGCCCAGGUGUGGAUCUACCCCAUGAACUACCCCCUGAGGGAGUACCAGCUGAAGAUCUCGGAGGCGGCGCUGGCCCAGAACACGCUGGUGGUCCUCCCCACCGGGCUGGGCAAGACCUUCAUCGCCUCCGUGGUCAUGUACAACUUCUACCGCUGGUACCCGUUCGGCAAGGUGGUGUUCAUGGCCCCCACCAAGCCGCUGGUGGCGCAGCAGAUCGAGGCCUGCUACCGGGUGAUGGGCAUCCCCCAGUCUCACAUGGCGGAGCUGACAGGCAGCACGGCGGCGGGGCGGCGGCGGGACGUGUGGAGGACCAGGCGGGUCUUCUUCCUCACCCCGCAGGUCCUGGUGAACGACCUGUCCAGGAACUCCUGCCCGGCCGAACUCGUCAAGUGUGUGGUGAUCGACGAGGCGCACAAGGCGCUGGGCAACCACGCCUACUGCCAGGUCAUCCGGCAGCUGGGGUCACACACACAGCAGUUCCGUGUCCUGGCUCUCAGUGCCACUCCAGGAGGAGACCUGAAGUCCGUCCAGGCGGUCGUGUCCAACCUGCUGAUCUCGCACGUGGAGCUGCGGUGGGAGGACAGCCCGGACGUCCAGGCGCACUGCCACCAGCGCAGCGUGGAGAAGCUGGUGGUUCCUCUGGGGGACCAGCUGUCGGCCCACCGGGACCGCUACCUGCAGGUGCUGGAGAAAUUUAUGUCUCGCCUGGUCCAGAACCGAGUGCUGGCCCACAAAGACCUGCAGAGUCUCACCAAGUACCAGCUCAUCCUGGCCCGAGACCAGUUCCGGAAGAACCCUCCGCCCCACAUCAAGGGGGCGCAGCAGGGCGCCCUGGAGGGGGACUUCGCCCUCUGCAUCAGUCUGUACCACGGCUACGAGCUGCUGACGCAGAUGGGCCUCCGCUCGCUCUUCUGCUACAUCCAGGGGGUCAUGGACGGGUCCAGAGAGAUGUCCAGAGCCAGGAGUGAGCUGCAGAGGACUCCCUGCUUCAUGGACCUCUACCGGGACCUGGAGGCCAUGUUCGUCCAGCCGUCUGCAGAUGAAGCCUUCCUGUACAGCCACCCCAAGCUGAAGAAGCUGGAGGAGGUGGUGCUGCAGCACUUCAGGACCUGGACUGACCCUGAAGCCGGAGGUCGGGACCAGGACAGGGACCAGGACACACGUGUGAUGAUCUUCUCGUCGUUCCGGGAGAGCGUCCAGGAGAUCUCGUCCAUGCUGAACCGCCACGCCCCGCUGGUCCGGGCCAUGGCCUUCAUGGGCCAGGCGUCGGCCGGGAGGGGGGUGAGGGGCUUCACCCAGAAGGAGCAGCUGGAGGUGGUCCGGGGCUUCAGACGGGGCGGCUUCAACACGCUGGUGUCCACCUGCGUGGGGGAGGAGGGGCUGGACAUCGGGGAGGUGGACCUCAUCGUCUGCUUCGACGCUCAGAAGAACCCCACCCGCCUGGUGCAGAGGAUGGGCCGGACCGGGCGCAGGAGGCGGGGCCGCAUCGUGGUCAUCCUGGCCGAGGGCCGGGAGGAGAGGACCUACAAUCAGAGCCAGAACAACAAGCGCAGCGUCUUCAAGUCCAUCAGCAGCGACCGAAGCAGCCUGCACCUGGUCCCCAGCGGCCCCCCCAUGCUGCCCCCGGGCCUGCAGCCCGCCCUGCACCAGAUGACCAUCACCUGUGGACACUUUGACCCCCAGGGGCCCGGCAGGAGGUCCAGCAGGAGGUCCAGCAGUACGCCGGCCCCCCCCCACCCACACAGCCACCAGGGGUUUCUGAGCAGCUCUGAGUAUUCAGAGUGGGCGUCGACCAUGAGCCUGCAGGAGGAUGAAGCCCCGCCCCUCCUCCAUCGCUCCGCCUUCCUGUCCGUCCCCAGUGACGCUCCGCCUCAGGUGUGUGUCCGGCAGGAGGACUCGUCCCCCGGCAGGCGGCUGUCCCUGUGGGAGUGGAGACACUGGCAGACCAGAGCGCUGCCCGUCCACGCCGUGGACCACUCCGUCCGCUGCCAGCACUUCGUCCACAUCAUGCAGCUGAUAGAAGACAUGAGGGACGAGCCUGAGGGGGAUUGUGGGUACGAACAGGACCUGCUUCCCUACCUCCCCCACGGACAUGCAGGCCAGCCACCUCACAGGGAAACCAGGAGCUCAGACCGCCGUCUGAAGAGACCUGGAGGUCCUCGCUCCUCUGCUCUGCAGGGUCCUAACAAGGACACGGAGGCUGGAUCAGACUGUCCACUGACCAAGAAGAAACAGGCGUCCACAGAGGACCGCCAUGAGGACUCCACCCUUCCUCCCCUCCCUGAGGAGUCUCGUCUCUUCCCACCAGACCAACUCUGUUCACUUUCUCAGUUUGAGAUUCGCUGUGUCUCAGAGGACCGUCCAGGAGCCUCAGAGGACCGUCCGGGGGUCUCAGAGGACCGUCCGGGGGUCUCAGAGGACCGUCCAGGAGCCUCAGAGGACCGUCCAGGAGCCUCAGAGGACCGUCCAGGAGCCUCAGAGGACCGUCCGGGGGUCUCAGAGGACCGUCCGGGGGUCUCAGAGGACCGUCCGGGGGUCUCAGAGGACCGUCCGGGGGUCUCAGAGGACCGUCCAGGAGCCUCAGAGGACCGUCCGGGGGUCUCAGAGGACCGUCCGGGGGUCUCAGAGGACCGUCCGGGGGUCUCAGAGGACCGUCCAGGAGCCUCAGAGGACCGUCCGGGGGUCUCAGAGGACCGUCCGGGGGUCUCAGAGGACCGUCCGGGGGUCUCAGAGGAAGAUGUUGAACUGGAGGCAAUGUUCUACGUCCAUAAGUGGGCCUGGACUCGUCCCUGCUCCCCUGUGAAGUUCCUCUCAGUGCAGAGUGAAGGUCUGAAAGCCAUCCUGGAGGACGUGGCUGGCCUCCUGUCUCGCUGUCCCCCGUCCCCGCCCCAUGAGGUGGACGCUGCUCCUUGUCCUCACAGGCCUGCUGAGCUUUUGGUCAGCUUUAACCUAGUGGAGGACGUGGAGGAAGAAGACUGGAAAGACGGAGAGUCCAGCAGGUCUUCGGCGAGGACGCCUCCUGUCCAGGAGGACGGCGCCGUGAGACGAGCGGCUGCCAGCCCCAGCUGGGAGGACAUCUUUGAGGACGAAGAACCACACUCCGUGAAGGACGCGAGAGAUGAAGAGGAGCUCCAGGGCCUGAGUGAGGGUCCGACCAGCUGCGAGGAGCUGGAGUCUGCAGUGGACCUGGAGGAGAGCGCCGACCUGUUCAGUGAUGAUGAGGCCUUCAUGCAGGUGGCUUUUUCAGGCGGCGGUCGUCCUGGAAGCGGCGUGUCUCCCAGAGUGUCUCCUGGAAGAGACGUGUCUCCCAGAGUGUCUCCUGGAAGAGACGUGUCUCCCAGAGUGUCUCCUGGAACAGACGUGUCUCCCAGAGUGUCUCCUGGAACAGACGUGUCUCCCAGAGUGUCUCCUGGAACAGACGUGUCUCCCAGAGUGUCUCCUGGAACAGACGUGUCUCCCAGAGUGUCUCCUGGAACAGACGUGUCUCCCAGAGUGUCUCCUGGAACAGACGUGUCUCCCAGAGUGUCUCCUGGUGCCCAGAGCCCAGCCGGGAGGUCCGUCUCCCAAACGCCCCCCUCAGACGGCCGUCCAGCAGGGGGCGCUCGCCGCCCCCCUGCUGGACCUCCUGAAGGCUGCUCUGAGCAGAGCGCCGCUCCUCCGUCGCUCAGCUGCUCCCAUCACCUCUUCCCUGUGACCUUUGACCUGGGCUACACACUGGAGGACUCUGAGGAGGAGGCCCAGACCGUCUGUGUCCGGCAGAACCCUGAAGACGUCUCCAGGAAGUCCUCCACCCCCCGCAGCAGGUGGAGCUCUGCGCUGGUGUCUCCACCCGUGCGGUGGCAGCAGGACGCCGUUCCCUCUCCCAUCACGGCCUCAGGAGGAGGACGGGCGCCGGCCGGUCCGGGACCGUCCAGCUGGACGCAGGGACCGGGACCGGGACCGGGACCGGGACCGGUGCAGGCCAGCUGUCAGCUCCAGAACAAACAGGAGAGCAGCGACAGCGAGGACGACGGAGUCCUCCACCACAGAAGAAGAGCCCGGCGCAGGACCAACCCUCUGUCGUCUCCAGGACAGGUCUCUGAGUCCAACUCUCCGCUGGUCCAGAACAGGAAGCGUCCUGCAGUCCUCAACACUUCUGAUGAAACAGAGGCUGAGGACGUUUCUGAGGAGGAUUUCCAGACUGAGUCUAAAUCCCUGAGCAGAGGCGGAGCCCAGCGAGCCAAGAGGCAGCGAGUCCACCAGGCCGGCAGGACGCUCGGUGCAGGUGGAGCAGGCCGUCACUUCCUGGAUGAGGAGGCGGAGCUGUCUGAGGACGGAGCCGAGGUGUCCUCUGAUGAAGAGGACGGACGAGAGCAGGACCGAGACCUGCACAGCUUCGUCAUGGACAACACACACCUGUCUGAAGGCCUGGACGACUCUCAGAUGCAGGAGGUCUACCUGAAAUCCAUCAGGAGUCCUGCAGUCCGAGGACACCUCAAAAUGUCCUACAGGCAGCGUCCCAGCGUGGACGUCUUCUCUCAGGUCCCCGAGCUGGACGAGACAUACGCAGAGGACAGCUUUGUGGUGGGCAGCGACGUGGAGGAGGCCGCCAGCAGCGAGGAGGACGCUCCACAGGACGUCCUGCCCGAGGAGUCCCACCCGGACGGGGGGCGGCGCUACGUCACCCGGCGCCGACUCCGCUGGCUCAACACCCGACCUCCACCUGCUCCUGCAGGGCCCGGCCGCAAGAGACACACCCGGCUCCUCCAGGUCCAGGACUCCAGCGAGGACGAGGCAGGGGGAGGGGCCGGAGGGGGAGGGGCCAGCGGUUCAGGAGGGGGAGGGGCCGGUGGUACCGGAGGGGGAGGGGCCAGCGGGGCAGGGGGGGGAGGGGCCGGUGGUACCGGAGGGGGAGGGGCCAGCGGGGCAGGGGGGGGAGGGGUAGGCGGGGGACGGUCAGCAGCAGCAGAGUCCAGCAGGCGGCUCCAGACCCCCAGAUCCUCCCUGCAGACCGAAGCCGAGAGACGCUGGGAGGAGGACAGUCCCCUCAGAGACAGGUGUCUCCAGAGGACAGAAAACCUACAUUUUGUCAGGGACCAGCUGGACUUUGUGGAACCAGACAAGCCUUCCAUCUCAAAGGAGGACCUGGACCUGCAGGACCCCCCCGGUCCCGGUCCCGGUCCCGGUCCGGUCCGCAUCCUGGUGGACAGCCGCUGCCUCGGUGGCGGAGCCGACCUGCUGACCAGCCUGCGGCGGCAGCACGGCGCCACCGUGCACGUGUGCUCGCUGGACGGCGCUUACUUCAUCGUGAGCACCCGCAUGGCGGCAGACAGGUUGAGCCGGGCGGAACUGGCGGCGCCGCAGAACCGGAGGCGGCUGGCGGAGAGGCUGGGCGGCCUGCUGGGGCUGUUCGAGCGCGUCUGUCUGAUCGUGGAGACGGAACGCCGCGGGACAGGCGACGGUUCCCGGCCCUUCCGGCGGACGCAGCACUACGACGCCACGUUGGCGGCGCUGGUGCGUUCGGGCGUCCGCCUGCUGUGGAGCGGCGGGACGGAGGACAGCGCCGCCCUGCUGGCCGACUUGGCGCGGUUGGAGCAGCGUAAAGGUCGGGGCAUCACGGCGCCGCUGGAGGUCAGAGGUCAGCGGCGGCUGCAGGCCCUGCGGUGGCUCGGCGGCCUGCCCCCCCUCCACCAGGCCCACGCUCUGCAGCUCUGCCACAACCUGCGCUCCAUCGCUCAGCUGCUGGACAGCUCUGUGGACAGCCUCCAGGGCUCGGGCUGUAUGAGUGGCAGCAGGGCGGAGCAGCUGUUCUCCUUCCUGCGGUACAGCUGUGACUCUUUGGUCCUGAGCAGCUCCACAUCUGGACACUGAGGACCGGACGUCUCAUUGUCCACCGCAGGACCAACGUAUCGUCAACUUUUGAUUUUUAAUGGACAUUUUGUUAAUAAACAUUUGACUGAUG